UUCAAUGUUGUGUUGUCAUAAUAUAGUGAAUAAAUCGAUUUUUUUAGUUUCAUGCUCAACAGUUUAUUGUUAUAAGUAAAAAACUACAAUUUCGCAAGGAUGGCAGAAGUAGCAAAAGAGAAAGAGGAAAAUCCGUUGGAUAUAGACGGAAGCAACUUCAAUCCCGACAUGUAUUUAGAUGUACUCCUCAAAUGUGCUACAUUGAAGCAAGUGAUGGAUAAAGAGGCUGAAAUAGUCACCCAGAGCCAGUUCCUACAGUCAGAAAUGCAAACGUUAGUAUACGAGAACUAUAACAAGUUUAUCUCCGCGACAGAAACUGUUCGAAAAAUGAGAACAGAUUUUAAAAUAAUGCAAGAAGAAAUGAACAAACUGAGCGAAAACAUGAACAAAAUUACUACAUUCAGCGCUCAGAUAUCUGAUUCGUUGAGAGAAAGUGGAAACAAUGUCAGCAGAUUAUGUGGAACGAGACAAUUGUUGGAUAAACUCCAGUUCUUAUUCUUGUUGCCUUCCCAACUGAACAAAGCUAUUGAAGAAGGCAGAUAUGCUGAUGCAGUACAUGAUUACACGCAUGCUCAAAGAGUAUUACAAAAGUAUGGUAACCAGCCUUCAUUCCAAAGCAUUCAGACUGAGUGUUCUGAAAUUAUCUAUGGUCUAAAGAAGACGUUACGGGAAAGACUGCUAAGUCCUGAUACCUCAGCUUCAGAACUGGCUGAAAGUGUUGGCUUAUUGAGACAACUCCAAGAAACAGACUCUUCUCUACAAGACAUUUUCCUAAGCUGUUCUGAGAGUCGGCUUGACCAGCACUUACAGGCAUUAAGUGGGAUGGUUGAAACUACUGAUAUAUUAGAGUGGGUUGAAAAAUGCAAUAACACUCUAUUAGCUGACCUUGGAAUUAUUAUAUCUUGUUACCAUGAUAUGUUUCAAGACAAAGAGAGUACUAACAUUCCAGAUUUUGCAGACAAAAUUAUGUUACAAGUAUUCCACCUAUUUGAAGAAGUUGUCAAGAAACCAGAUAAUAUUGGAACUGAAAUCCUGAUCAGAGGACUGGACAAAUUCUUCAGGAAGUUACAGGCAAUGACAGAGAUCAUAUCUAGUGACACCAUGUCUAACAAAGCAAUUGAUGUAGUAAUACAGUGCAUCAAUCAUAAGGCCACAAUACAAUAUCAAUCAAUUCAAUCUCAGUUUAAAGACAGCUUGACAAAAGUAAGACAGUCUCUCGCGAGUAAAGGCACAGACACCACUGAUUUGAAGGACAUAUUGAAUUCACUCCAAGUAUACUUAUUGCAAAAAGUUCAGGCAUCAUUACUGGAUCUCAUGGCCUUCUUACAAAAUAAUCUAUCCUUUGGUCUGAAACCAUGGUGUGCUACAGCUGUAGCAGACACUUGUUGGAAAGUCAUUUCCGAGACAAUGGUCAAUUUGUCCGAUAUGGUCAAGAAGAUGGCCUGCCUGCAAACAUCCAAUAACAACAUUCCCUUUGAGUUACUAUUAAUAUUAGCUAAAUUAUGUUUAGAAAUGCAAGAGAGUGGUGUUUCAACAUUGCACACUCACUUGCUUAAGCUUUUAGAAGAAUCUGCACCAGGGUUAGCAGUACAGAAUAAGGACACAAACAGUGUCAUGGUACACCUUUCUACAGCUGCUCAAGCUGCUCUGGAUUCUGAGGUGGUCUUCAUUGGGCAGACAGCAGCACAGAUGUUGAGAGUCUCAGUACUGGCUAGGGAUUGGUUGAGAGCACCUGAACCGCGAGGGCCUCGUGCUGUUUGCCGCCGAGUGGUGGAAACUCUGGCAAGUGCAGACAGUGCUGCCUCGCAACUAUUCCCGACAAGUAUUAAACCUUCCAGCGAUUCUAGUCGUCGCACUAUCUGGUCGCGCGCUCCAUCUUCAUUCUCACCACUGAACAGAAUAUUCUCCGAGAGAAUUGAAGUAUUUAGUCCAGCUGGCGCUGACAGGGCUGCAUUAUCUAAUGGAGCUCUGAAAGUGGCCCUGAAGGCGUUAGUAGAGUGCGUGAGAUUACGUACGUUCGGCAAGCACGGCUUGCAACAGUUGCAAGUGGAUGUGCACUUCUUACAACAGAGGUUGUCUUGUAUGGGGAAUGAUGAGAGAUUACUCAAUGCUUUGCUCGAAGAUGCGCUUGCUUCCGCGCAGCUGAGAUGCGUCGACCCACAACUAAUGGAGCCUAGCAUUGUAGACAUUAUUUGUGAAAGAGGAUAAAAUCUUACUUCAACUGUAAUUAUUUAUAAAUUGAUGUAUAUUAAUAAUUUAUAUGAAUAAAAUAAACGUUAUAAUAAUUUUUAGACAAUUUAUUUAUAACCCAUUAAUCAAAAUUGCAUCAUCAUAUUAAAAAUAAUGAUAUCAUCUACAUAUAUAAAAUUUUAUGUUAAAUGCUUCUAAAACAUAAAUCUCACAAUACGGACUACUCUUUUAUAUUUUAGCAAUUAAUUACAUUUUAAACUGUUAGUCACGAGAGGAGAAUAAACAUUAUUUAAAAUUAAAAACAACAUAAUAUAUUAUUACCAUUAGAAACAGAGAAAUUGAUAUACAUAUUUUGGUCCUAGUUCACUAUAAAUUUGGAGAGCAUCAUUGUAUGAAUACCCAUUGACUAAGAAGACACGUGGUCCGAAUUCUGCUAAAAUCUUUGACCCUGGCUAUCAUCAAGCAACAUCAGAAAAUAACUGAUAUAUUUAAGACUAUUGCAACUACUUGUGGCGCUGAUUCUUUUGUGCAUGUAUGUAGACUGUGUUACUAAAAUUUAAUUAAAUAUCAAUAUAAUUUGCAUACCUUAUUUAUAUUUCGGUCCCUACCCACAGAUGGUGAGUCAUAAAAGUAUUUAAUUAUAAUCCGAACAAGAGAAUCAACACCAUUAAAAAUCUGGUACCAACAUUAACGGGCGAACAUUUUUUAUAGAAGUGCCAUAUAAAAUGUACUGUGGCUACACUUAAAUAAUGUAUAUGGUAAAACAUUUGCAAAUAUCUCAACAACUUGGUAAAGCGAUGUGGGGAAUCCGGAAAUGAAAUAUUCAUUCAGUUUAACCUUCUGACCAUCACAGCAGUCAACAAAGAGUUGCCCUCUGCGGCUAUUUGUUAGUAUUUGUAGUUGUUGUCAUCUUCAUUAAUAUAGACAAAAUAUAAAGAUAGGAGAGCCAUCAAUAUAAA